CUUGUGCCGCUCCCCCUUCUUGCCUUUGCCCAGCAGCUGUUGCUGCCCCUGCCUCGUUGCCAGGCGGCGGCGGCGGCUGCUUGCUGCUGCUUGCUGCUGCUGUUGUAUCACAGAGGGAUUGGUACAGCUAUUAGCACCGGAGACACCCGGACUUGUUUGCUCCGGGACAGAAGGAGCCGAAACACAAUUUCUUUCUUUUUUUCCUUUAAAAAAAGGCAGCCACCCAGUGAGUUUGAUAUGGCUCUCAGCGGCACGGUUCUCCCCUCUAUCUCUGCCUUCACAGCAGGCAGGGAGAAAGCUCUCAGGCAAGCAGGUACCAGCAACAGGUGGUGGGAGGAGCUGUCCCAACUGAAGCGGUUUCCACCGGCGCUGGCAGGGCAGCCCUAUGAUGUGCCACCAUCAGAGCUGGAGAGCCAGGCAAGCAGCAGCACCAGCCCUGCCGUGCUCAUGUCCUGCCAGGACACUGAGGAGUUCAAUGAGCUGCUGGACUUUGACUUUAUCCUCUCCAAAUCCCUCAUACACCAGGAGCCUGCUGCUGCCUCUUCUUCCUCCACCUCUCCCUCCUCCUCUAGCCCAGCCAGCACCUGCCCUGCAGUGCCCACCAUUACCACCUGCAACUUCACCUACCCACAGCCCUGGGCGGAGCCUAGCGGUCUCCUGUACAGCGGCAGCCAGGAUGGGGCUCCCGCUGCCCCCUUCAACCUGGCUGACAUCACUGAUGCGUCCCCCUUGGGUGGAUUUAUAGCUGAGCUCAUGAGGCCAGAUUUAGACCUGGUGUACAUGCAGCAGCAACAGCCGCUGCCCUUGAGCAACCUGCAUGGAAAGUUUGUUGUGAAAGCCAUGGGCAACUAUAACAACAUCACUGUUAGCACCAAGAGCAACCACACCAUGGCAGCUGCUCCCCCACCACCUUGCACGGACAGCCUGGUGGCCCCUUACAGUCCUUUGCCCAGGAUGUGCCCCAAAAUCAAGCAGGAAGCAGCCCCUCCUUGCACUAUUGCCUCACUGCAUGCCAACAAUCAGUGUGUCCCGCAGCAUGAUUUCUCACUGGGCCACCCACUGCCUACCAGGACUACCCCCUCCUUGGCACUGGAAGAGAUGCUGAAUAGCCAAGACACACACUCUUCUACGCAAGGGCUAAACCACCCACCAUUGCCACUGCAGCCAGGGUACCAUCCAGCCCCUGGCUACCCUCCUUUCCUGCCUGAGCAAUUGCCACCCAGCACAGUCCAGUAUCAAGGUCAGUUUAACUAUCUAAAUCUUUACAGACAGCCUGUAAAGGUACCUCAUUUGGUACGAGAGGUGAUGAUACUGAUUCCACCCUCUUCACCUUUAGAGCUGAUGCCACCAGGGAGCUGUCUGCCAGUGGAAACCAAGCACAAGAGAGGACGUCGGUUGUGGCCUAGGAAAAGGACUGCUACGCACACUUGUGACUAUGCAGGGUGUGGCAAAACCUACACCAAGAGCUCUCAUCUCAAGGCACAUCUGAGAACCCACACAGGUGAGAAACCUUAUCACUGUGACUGGGAAGGCUGUGGAUGGAAAUUUGCCCGGUCUGAUGAGCUUACUCGUCACUAUAGAAAACACACUGGCCACCGCCCUUUCCAGUGCCAGCGGUGUGACAGAGCGUUUUCCAGAUCAGACCACCUUGCCUUACAUAUGAAGAGGCACUUCUAAUUAAAGCAGUGGCUCUUUCUCAAACCGCUAUAAGAGAUUCAGUAUUUAAAGCACAAGGACAGUUUUUCACAAGAAAUAUGGGGGGCAACCCAAUUAAAGCACUACAAAGAAUCAUGGUGAAGUCUUCCGAAGACUGAAAAUAGAGAUAGUUGCUUCCAAAUAUUGAAACUUUUCUCAUUUUAAUAAGAAUUAAAAAUUAGGGUCAGUGACUGGAUCUUCUAUCACCCCAUUUUUAAAUCUAACUUGAAUUAUUUUUGGACUAAAAAAAUGCCCAGGAGUGACUGGAAGUUACUGAUGUCAGGGUUAAAUAGACUGUGUACAGGUGGAAGGCUGAGGAGAUAAUACAGGGAGAUGACAUUACCUUAAAUUUUCUUUCAGUCCAAAAUUAGAUAUAAAUUUAAUCUUUUUCAUUUUUGUUUGUUCUUCCUUCCAAAAUCCAUUACUAUAUAAAGAGGAGGAAAAAUUCAGGUAUAGAAUUAGUUUUAAAAGUCUAUUUCAUGGUGCUUAAUGACUGUUGGUUCUAGAAGUACAGAAACAGGAAGCCAAAGUUCUCAAGCUGCUGCAUAUCUGACAAUAUUUUUAUCUUCUGAUCUGUAGUUAUGACUUAAAUCAGGUAAAUAAACCUGGUUUAUUUGUUUUAAAGAAAAUAAGUUUAUGCAGACAGUCUAAUGCACUGUGGUUUCAAUGUGCAAUAGUUUGGUUUAUUCCCAAAUGUGCCUUAAGCAGAACAAAUGUUUUCUAUAUAGUUUUUACAUAAUAAAUAUGUAAUAUAAAUUUAAGCAAACUUCUAUUUUGUAUAUUUGUAGACUAAAAAGUAAAAAUGAACACUUUGUUGGAGUCUGUAUUUUGCAUAGUCAAGUUGAAAAUAAGUCUUAAAUAAACCUAAAGUUUUAUCUGAAUGGCUUUUCUACUUCUAUGCAUGUAUAUGUCCAAAGAAACCUUAUUUUUAAAUAUUCAUUAGUGGCUCAGUUUCACAAGGAAAAGCAUGUAGACCCAAGACUGAAAGAUUAGGGUCGUAUUUCUAGCGCUGCCGUAAAGCCUCUUAAGGAAAAAGUGUACUGAAAACUUUGCUCCAAAUAUCAAAUAUCACAUUGUCUGCAUCAUGAAACUGUGAUUAGCCAUUUUUAAGUCAACUCAAUUUGCAUUAUUUCUCAGAGGAAUUGUAGCCCUUUAAUAUAUAAGGUCUGAUGUGUUAAAAAUUAAACUAAGGCUAGAAACUGGAUAUCUUUCUGAAGUGAUCUUUUUGGGAUGAAUGAUUUUUAGCUUCAUUCUCUUCAGUUGCCCAGGUAAGGUGGUAUAUUUAUAUCACGUUUAUGCAACUGAAAAAAUAUCUAAAUAUCUUAGACUAGAAGUAAGUAAUACAUUUUGAGUAUAUGCAUAAAGUGCUCUGACAGUACGCUGCAUGAAGUAUUGUUUAAUUUGAAGUUUGAUGUGUAUUGGUAAUUGAGUGCAAUCUCUGAAGAGGCAAAAAAGUUCAGUAGGAGCUGAGCCUGAGUCAUCUACAAGAAGCCCAGUUAUGCAUUCAUAACUUGUUAACAUUAGUCAUGUAGAGAAUCUACAAAUUAAGUAGUUGUAUGUUCAAGAUGUGUCAUUGUAAAUACUUUAUUGGAAGUAAAUGGAACAAACCCACUGCAUGUGUGAGAUAGUUACUUUUAUUGCAGUUGUGCUUAAGGGCUUCAUUGCUUUAGAUUCUUUACAAAAACGUAACUAUGAGAUUAUUACAGUGCUAGUGCUUAUUGAAAUUGAAAUCAAGUCACUCUUUAUUGGUUUUCUCAAGUUAAAACUUCAAAAUUAAAAUGGUCAUUUUUGACCUUUCUUGUUGCUUUGCCUCUGAGCUAUUUUCCUGGAGGAGAUAUCCAAGGUCAAAAUUGCAACUGUCAUGUAGGUAUGUACCUGAACAUGUAUGUUACAUGUCUGCUUAUCUAUAUCUAUGACUGCUAUUCAGAACCUCUUUAAAUCUCCUCAAGGUUUACAUCUUAAAGCAGCCAUCUAUAUUGAAAUCUGAAGAAUGCUAUUUGAGAAGUCAUUUUUUCUUCUGCAUUUCAAGAGCAUUGUUGUUACAAAGUCUUAAGCAUUUUUAUAAAGACACUCUAGCAUUUGGAAAUACAUAUCUUUUAAAACCAGCUUCAGGUUCCUUCUGAUGCUUUUAUCAACCCAAGGUUUAUAGUUGCAUUAAAAAAAUAGCAUUCCUGAGAUAUGGCUUUGUUCUCUUUUCCUAUUUGAAAAUAAUUCCUUUUUUUCUUCUGAUCCUAACAAUGGUCUCCUCGUAUAUGACUUUUUUCAAGAGUUAAAUAAACAUAAUUGCAGCUAAGUAUUAAAAACAAAAAAAACCUGUUGUCCUUUUAACCAUUUCCAAAAUGCUAUUGCCUAUAUGUUUUGGGGCAGGAGCCAACACUCAAUUUUUGGUGUACAGAGUUCAGUCUGUGAGAAGCCGUCCUUGUUGUUAAGGAGUUCUCUGGGGAAAUACUAAGACAAGCAGUUAUACUAGUUGUACUUUGAUAUGCAGGUAGAGCUAGAAAAAGCAUGUUGUGAUAGCCACUUGUUCCAUUAUGUCUUUUGUCCUGGAGUUAUAGUUAAGUGCAAGAACAUAAAUGGAUGCUGUAGAACAAUGUCUGCUAUCAUAAGUGUAUUUUGUAAUAUAUGCAAAACACAAAACAGUCUUGUAAGUGUAUCUUGAAAAACAAGAUUUGUUUAACAUUACUAAAGCUAUAUGUGCAUGUUACUUUUCUCAGGCUUGGGUAUCUAAAAAAACUAUAUUUGAGCUUCUUAAAAGUGGCCUCUCUCAUGUAUAACACCUCCAGAAGUGUUUUGAGGUAGUUCUGGCUACUGAAGGAAAAGCCCCUGAGGCAGAGAAUGAUUUCUGCUGUCAAAUUGCAGCUAUCUUUAAUCCUGUUCACCCCUAGCCCAAAUCUCUCCCAGGCAUGUUUAGUGUGGGAAGAUGAAGCUGUUUAAAACAAGAUGGCACAUGCCUGCCUGCAAAGUGCCAAGUAUUCAAAAGUGGCUUUGGAAUAAAAAAAAAUUUCUCAAGACAGCAGCACUUCUUUGCACUUGUCUGGAAGUUUGUAGACUUCAAACUCAUUUGUUGCUUGUAAAUUGGUACAAAUACCUUCAGUUUUCUCUUGUUGCAUGAAGUCAUACUUUCACAUUGCUCUUUCCCCAUAGAGGUUACCAAAUGCUGCUGAAGUCAAUUGUCAAUCUUGCAGGGAUUUAUAUUAAGCUGAUACUAAUCAGUGAAUCUCAUCUGCCCCCCCUUCUCUUUAAUAAGGGGAGAUCAGACUCCUGUGGUUAAUCAUCCCAAGUGCUAAUGGUUCAUCUGAAUUAGUUUACACAGGUUUCCUAUGGGAGUGUGCUAGGUAUUAGAGCUAACCUGCCCCAUUGAAGUCCCUGGCAAACACUUUAAUGGUGCUUGAGUGCAAGCUCCAAAUUAAGAUGCUAAAAUGAACAACCAGUUGUAUACUGUAUUCUUUCCUGGGGUUUCCUUCUUCCUAUUUAUGACUGGAUUGUUUGGUUUCAAGCAGCAGGAGAAUGGGAACAUACUGCAAACUUGUACUGCUUGUAAAGGCACUGUUAAUGCUGUGGAAGUCUUGCAAAGGUCUGGAUAUGGCAGGAGUUUUAGUCUGAGGAAGUAAACCUAAGGUAAGGUGUGGUGUGCAAAACUUGCACAGAGGAACAGGAACAACAAUAAUACCACAUGUUGACUUGUACCUGCCAGGACACCUCCACAGACUGAUUAGCUGUGUGUAGUCUCAGUGGAUACAGCUUUGGAGACCAAGGAGAUGAACACAUCUAUAAAAGAGGGGAAUGCCUGUCAUUCACCAAAACUUAAUUGAGAUCACAUUGGCUUUGAGCCAUGGGGUAACCCGCAUUUCCCUGUCUUCAGUACAGAAAGAUGACUCUCAUUCUGUCUGCCAUUUGCUCCUGUGGUGACUUACAAGGGUAAAUGUUUUCAUUACAGCUGAGGGCCUUGUCACCAAGUGCAGAAGUCUUAUUUGAGGCAUGGAAGUGGGUGGUGAUGUCUCAGCAGCCUUGUUCUCCACCCUGGCUGCAGAUAGGUAUCUAUUAGACUCCUUUUAACCUUUAGAGGCUUACCUGUGCGCCCUCAGGGUUGGAACCUUAAUUGUGUGAAAGACAGGAGGAAAAAAAUGGCUUAUUUUAUUUAAUUUCCUCUAUAUUUAGAGUAUGCAUGCUGUAAGCAUUACAGAAGAUAAAUGGCCUUAGCAGCUGGUCACAAGAGGUAUCUGACAGCUAGACCAUUUCCCUUUGGUGAUGCUCUCCAGGCUCUUGAAUCUGUGACACCUUCCACAACAGAGAUGGUGAUCUUAAUAUGAACCUGGCCAGCUCAAAGUUGGCAUUGUGACAUGUUUAUUAAUAAACACUUACAGGGAAAAUGCCAAGCUCCUUUCACUUAGAAGCUUGCAUCAGCUUCUGAGAAGAGUAAUCAUGUGCCUCAGCCAUCUUGCUGCAACUUGAAAAAGUUUUGCAUGGUUUUGCUUUGGGUACAGCAGGCUUGUUUAUUGAGCACAAGCUAAGGCUUGUUUAAAUCUUGCUAUCCAAAUUCUCUACUAUUAAAGUUUCAGACUUAUUCAACAAAAUGAUACAGCUUCUCUGUACUGGUUGGUUGAAGCCCCUUAAUUAUAGCAACAUAUAUUGGGCAAUUGUUCAGAAUGGUUUCCCUGUUGCCACAGUGAUUAGAAAUGGUCUGACAGGUAAUGAUGCACCACCAGAAUGCAGGUUUAUUUACUCAAAUUCCCUCAGUGUUGUUUGAUGUCUACUUCUGUACAUUUUGAAGUCAGUGCAGUGUUGCUAUUGCCUUUACUGUCAGCAGGCAUAGAGCUUCAAGUAGGCUCUGCUUUUGCACCCAUAGAAAGCCAUGGGAAGACUAAUUUUCUUGGCCUUGGAAUCAGGUUGCCAAAUAGAAAAUCUUAUCUUCCUAGGCUUUUGCCACUGGCUUUACUGUGACCACUAUAUGUUUUCUACCACAUAGAAAUAUUGCAGACGGCUUUGCUCAAAUCACUGUCUGUAUUGUAACCAUGUAGCCCUGUAGUAUGGUAUUGUCAUUGCUAGUAAUAGGCCAUAAGCUUUGCACUGAGUUUGCAAGGCCUCAGGACUGAGGCUUGUCGGGCCUGCUCUGUCUGAAGUUUUCUCGACCUGCCUGCAGCUUUGUUUUACUCGGUUUAGCUGUGACAGCAAUUUCUCCAAUUGGCCAGGUGUCUAUGGCUACUUUGUUUUUCUUUUGUUUAUCUUUGUGUGGUACAGACAUAGUUUUAUAUAGACAGCAGUAAUGAGCAGUUGUUCUAGGUAGAAUGAGAUAUUUAUGACUCUAACACAGUGAUGUAGCGUAGAGAAAUACAGGCCUGGUAUGAUAGCAGAGGCCUUGAGAAAGGGAGACACAGGAUGCGGCAUACAGGAGUACAGGCAUGGGAUGAUAAGAGAUGGGGCACAGGCUUGGCACUGGAGACCCCAUGGCUAUGAACAACUCACUAAUGGUCAGUUAACAAAAAUGCAGACCUGGAGCUGAACAAAACUGGUUUUAGAGGCAACAAAGAGAACAAAGAAAUAGCAUCUAACAUGUGUAAAGGGCACCAUAUAUAGUAAAUUCAGAUGUAACAUGGAGCUGUAGACCAAUGAAGAAAGAGAAAGGUGUAGAAGCAUGUUAGCAAACAUAUAUAAAUGACCCUGAGUGGAUCCUAGAGAGGAACAAGAAACCAGUAACAUCAACAUCCCAUUCCUGCCAACAAAGGACUCUAGAUUCUGAACUCCAGCAGUGUUAUCCUUACAUCCUUAUCCGUGAUGACUCACGGUGUUAUCCUCUCCAGCAGUCCGAAGCUACUGACUUUAAGACCCUGAGGAGCAAUGGAAGGGUGAGCAUAACUCCAAGAGAAGGAAUAGAAACUAAGAAGCGUGUAUUACAGUUUUAAUUGUAUUAUUACUAUUAUUGAGACUUUUUCUGUAUAUAAGUAUUCUAACUGCAUUAUUCUUUGUUUUUCUGUAAUAAAUAAAUCUACACUAAUGAUGAUUCUUGAAUUACUGUUAAUAUUUCCAUUAUACUAACAAUAAA